GUUGUAUCAGUUUUUGUCAUUAAUAUGGGUAAUACUGAUACGAAAUUGAACUUUAGAAAAGCAGUUGUCCAACUAACGUCCAAAACCCAGCCCAUUGAUGCAUCAGAUGAUAGCUUCUGGGAUCAGUUUUGGUCAGAAAACGUUACAAAUGUUCAAGAUGUAUUUACUCUAGUGCCUGCUCCAGAAAUACGAGCUUUACGUGAAGAAGCACCUUCCAACUUAGCUACACUUUGUUAUAAGGCUGUUGAAAAAUUGGUUAAAGCUGUGGAUAGUAGUUGUAGAACCCAACAUGAACAACAAACUGUACUUAACUGUGCCCGGCUGCUCACAAGAGUUUUGCCUUACAUCUUUGAAGACCCGGAGUGGAGAGGUUUCUUCUGGUCUAGCCUUCCUGAUCAAUCUCAAGGGGAAGACAAGGAAGAGUCAAUGCCACUGGCUCACUCUCUACUUAAUGCGAUUUGUGAUCUAUUGUUCUGUCCAGACUUCACGGUUGCUGCAAAUAAAAAAUCAGGCCCAGACAAGGCUGAGGACCUGCAGGCCAUUGACAGUUGUGAGUACAUUUGGGAGGCAGGGGUUGGGUUUGCACAUUCUCCGCCUCACUACCCCCUCCAUGACUCUGCUCGCACUGAGCUACUCAAACUGUUGCUUACCUGCUUCAGUGAGACAAUGUAUCAACCUCCUGUAGACCUACACACAGCGCCCAACAAGUGGAUACAAUACUUGACGUCAGCGGAGAACCGUCAUGCACUGCCGAUGUUCACUUCGCUGCUCAACACUGUGUGUGCCUACGACCCUGUGGGCCUUGGUGUACCUUACAACCAUCUGCUGUUCUCAGACGCACGUGAGCCUCUGGUGGACACUGCACUGCAGAUACUCAUAGUGACACUGGACCACGACACCAGCCAGGGUGAUGAUACUACAGCACCAGACAAUCUGUUCAUCAAUUACCUGUCCCGUAUACAUCGUGAUGAGGACUUUGCUUUUGUUCUCCGAGGCUUCACUCGUCUUCUCAACAAUCCUUUGGUCCAGACCUACCUACCAAACUCUACCAAGAAAGUGCAGUUUCAUCAAGAGUUGUUAGUGUUCUUCUGGAAAAUGUGUGAUUAUAACAAAAAGUUCCUGUACUAUGUGCUGAAGAGCAGUGAUGUUCUAGAUAUCCUUGUCCCAAUAUUGUUCCAUCUCAACGACUCCAGGGCUGACCAGUCUCGAGUCGGACUGAUGCACAUAGGAGUGUUUAUUCUUCUUCUUCUAAGUGGUGAAAGAAACUUUGGCGUUCGUCUCAAUAAACCUUACACUGCCACCAUCCCCAUGGAUAUUCCUGUUUUCACAGGUACUCAUGCAGAUUUACUAAUCACAGUAUUUCAUAAAAUCAUUACAACGGGCCAUCAAAGGCUGCAGCCCCUGUUUGACUGCUUGCUCACCAUCCUUGUAAAUGUGUCUCCAUAUCUCAAGACUCUCAGCAUGGUUGCCAGUACCAAACUGCUACAUCUACUCGAGGCCUUCAGUACUCCUUGGUUCCUCUUCUCCUCUCCCACCAACCAUCAUCUAGUCUUCUUCUUGCUAGAAAUAUUCAACAACAUUAUUCAGUAUCAGUUUGAUGGCAACUCAAACUUGGUGUACACGAUUAUCCGUAAGCGUCAGGUGUUCCACUCGUUAGCCAGUCUGCCCAGUGAUUAUGGCACCAUAGCCAAGAGUUUGACAAAGAGGUCAAGGAAGCAUGUUCCGUCGACGACAGAGCUGGACACCGGCCCAGAGAGUCCCAGCAUGGAGGGCAGCAGGCCGGCACUACCUGCCGAACCAGGCACCCUCAAGGCCACACUUCCUGAUACUCCUGGUAUAGAGAAGAUGACAGGUCAGGAAUCUGGUCAUGUGAUGGGAGACCCUGACUCACCUGAGGAUCUUGACAGUGUCAGUGCUGCCACCGCGGUCAACGGAAGAGCUGACACUGACGCCAGUAGUACCAACACAACACAAAACACCAGCAAACCACUCAAAUCAGCUCCUCAGAGCCCUGUGAAGAGCAAAGCUCCCACAGUGCAUCGAUCCCCCUCUUUGCCCAGCAGUGCAGGGGGACAAUGGGUUCCUACCUCAGAGUGGGUCGCUUCAUGGAAGUCCAAACUGCCUCUGCAAACCAUCAUGAGACUACUGCAGGUCCUGGUACCUCAGGUGGAGAAGAUCUGCAUUGACAAGGGACUGACAGAUGAGAGUGAAAUCCUCAAGUUUCUGCAGCAUGGAACUCUAGUCGGACUGUUGCCUGUCCCUCACCCAAUCUUGAUACGCAAGUACCAAGCCAACUCUGGCACUACCACAUGGUUCCGUACCUACAUGUGGGGUGUCAUCUAUCUUAGAAAUGUUGAUCCUCCUAUUUGGUACGACACAGAUGUAAAGCUGUUUGAGAUCCAACGAGUAUAAAUACAAGAUUUGUGAUGGUGGUUGAGUCAGCUGUCUUAAAAUAGGUACCUUAUUUAAGUUUUAAAAAAAUUUAUACUUUCAACUUUUUUAUUCUUUCUUUCCUGCAAUUAUUUUUGACUUUGUAAUCAUUACAGGACAAAAUUUCCUCCAAUAUUCUUUUCAUUCUAGAAAGAGCACAAUUAUUUGUUAAUUGUUACAAUAAAAAAAUAGUUAAUUAAUUAGAUUUGUUGUUAAAUAAUUUUAAUUUGUAACAUUGACUGUGUAUAGUCAAUAUUUGUAAUGAAUUAGCGGACGAUUCAGUUAAAAAUUAUCUACAUCAUGAUAACAGUUGUACAAUUUAUGAACCGUACUUCAUACAUUUGAAAAUCAGUACAUUUAAAAAUGGCUUGAACCAUAUUUUCAUAAUAAGUAGAGCUUAAGGAACUUGUAGCUUAAAAGAUGCAGGGUCUUUAAAACUAAUUGUUAAACAUAGACAUAGUUGUUAAUCAUUUUGGUUCUGAUUGCUAAGUAGUUUUUUUUUUUUUUUUUUUUACGGACUGAUCAAGCUAUUUACUGCAACAAUGUGCAAUGUGUUUAGUUCAUCAUUUAUAUCAAGCAAGGAUAACAAAUUGCUUGCAAGAACUGCAUCCACAUCCAAGACUGCUAUAUUUCCUACAUUAACUUGCAUCAUUUUUGUUUUAGGAUAGGGAAAACUAUUUAUCAUUCAUUGUUGUUUAGUACUACUACAUUCCAAAUAAGACAAUAUUAUGGUAUUGCUGUUACUUCUGGAUUUAGAUUGUGAUCAACAUUCCUUUACUAAGUGUACUCUGGCAUUUCUUUAAUUAAAAUUACUGCAUUUUUUUACUAAUUUAGUUUCUUAGGAUAAAAUGUUAAACUGAGUAAAAUGUGAUACAAAUGAAUGAGGUGUAUCCUUGAAAUGUACUAGGUAUUUUAAUGUUACCUUUACACUAAUUUACCUUGAGGAAAAGUUAUAAUGAUUAAUUUUUACCUGCUUAAAAAUAAAUAAAGAUUAGUAUGAUUAUGACAAUGACUGAAUAAUAUUGAUAUCACUAUAUGAAGGACGGGACACAAAGCUAUUUUGUCCUAAAGAGUUCAUAUUUUCAGUUUUAUCGCAAGCAUUGAAAAUUGCUAAUGAUUAUACUUUAUUUGAGGUAAAAUCAGUUCAUUAAACUGUAUGUAGUUUUGACCCCAGAUAAAGUUAUUAAUAUUGAAAUGUUUAUUCAUCAUUGAUUUUAGCUUCUGUACUGACUCAUAUAGCUACAGGUGAAGUGGUCCUUUUAUCGUGUAUUGUGCAUUAUCAAAAAUGUUAUUGAUAAUGUUUUAAUUUAAUGAAUCAGAUUCCUUAAUAGGUAAUUAAACAUGCUUUUUAGCAUUUGUUUCUUUAUGCGUACGGUAGUGCAAGAUAACAACACUUUUGUUUUAGAUCUGUAUGUUAGAGGUGUUAGUUUUGCUAAGUAUUUUUUUGAAGUAUAGUUAAUUGAGUAUAAAAUUAUAUAUGUGAGUUUGUUAUAGUAUAAUCGUUUUUUAGCAUUUUAAUUAUGGAUUUCUGUUUGUUUAUUUAUGUUUGGUUUACCAAUUAAUCAAAUCUUAGUAUUCAUAUUGUAAUUAACAGGGGUGUGGGAGUAAAGAUUUGUUGGGUCAUGUAAACGAUUUGAUAAAACUUUGAGAUUUUUUAUGAAUCAAUGUACGAGGAUUGUCUGCAGGCUAAAGUCAAAACCAUUUAGCAAGCUAUUUCAAUGUGAAACCAGUUCCGUGUUCUUUGCUUACAUAACUAUCCUAACUGGAUCCAACUCUUAUGCAAAGAUUAUUCUUGUCAUAGUAGUUUGUUGAUAAUGAUAGGAAGGAGGAAAGAUCAAUGCUCCUGUUAAGAAAUAACUGUGUAUAGUGGGAAAAGGGUCAACCCUUGACUAUUACAAUCCAGUGUUACUUGAUAAAAGGAGUAUGGAGGAUUGUGUAUGGACGUUAAAUGUGUGAAAAUUACUUAGCGUAAAUUGCUUAGGGAGUUUGAUUAAAUAACUUCUUCAUCAGCAUCGUACAUGUUUAUUAAAUUUACUGAAAGAACCUAAAAAUAUGUCUAAAAACAUUAUUGUAAAAUAUAUUUACACUCAUAAUGUUGACACACAAGAUGGUAAAUACAUAUAAAUUAUGUUAGUAGCUUUGACUAUCAAUACAACUGUAUCCAAUAGUCAAUGGUAGUAGAAAUCGAUUUCAAUUGGACCCAAUAGGCGAAUGACAAGAACCUCGAUAGCGUCCCUACUUAAAUAUAUUAUUGGCUACCGGAAGAUCCAGUCAAGAAGUUUCUAUAAAUACAACUUGAGUCAAAAUUAACUUGUUCAUUAAUCAGCUUAGUUCUACUUUUCCAUUUUUCCUUGUAAAUAUAUAAUUCUUCCCAAGCAUUAUUAAAACUUGAUAUCAUAUAGUUGAUAUAGUUCACUUCAACAACUAAUACUCAAAAUAACCUAAUAAUUAAUUUUUUCUAAUGAGUAUUCAAUUCUCCCCAGGCAUUCACACGAAGGGUCACGGUAUGAUCACUUGGAUAAAAUCCAUUGGUUAUUUGAGGCAUUUGAACCCAGGACCUCGUAGACCAAAGUCCGAAACUUUAACACACAACCAACUGGCUCCCUACUGUAAUAAUAGCAGGCAAUAGAACUUUUUGUAUAAUUAAUCUCUUGAGGUUGAAUUAAUUGAAAAUAAAAAAACACGAAGGACCCAGGACAUAAUUAGUUUAUGCUAAUCAUGCAAAGAUAGGCAUUUUAACUAGAUACUGUGUGUUAUUAAAUUGAAAUAAAUCUUAAUCUCUAGGGGCGUGCUAAGCUUGCCAUUAGACCUCAAAGGGUUCUGUUAAACAUUAGCGCUUAGUUAACUAUAACUGGCAAUUGCGGCAUUAUCACUUAGAUAAAAUCCAUUGGUGACUUGGCGGGGAUCAAACCUGGGACCUCAGGGACUGAAGUCCCGCGCUCUAACCACUACACCAGCUCGCUCCCCCUUAUUACAUGUUAACUAUAGAAGCUAAUCAUGUUUACUUGAAUUCUUAAUCUAUGUUGACAGUCAAGAUACUUGCUUAAAGCUUGACUUCUUUAUUCACACACCCCUAGUAAUCAGUUUCCAUUUUGUAAAUUAAUUAACUUCUUCAGUAUAUUACAUGUUAUUAAUUUUACGGAAUGUAAAUAAAAAUACGUCUAAUAACACUUGAAACAUAAUGAUACAUGCAAGACGAAUGGGCGUAAAAAAUCCUAUGUACUUACGCCUCUUCUUCUUGUAAGCGACGUCAUAUUUACACCUAUACUGAUUUUAAUACGACAGUAAGUAUUUAGGAACAGCUUAUUGUGCACACUCAUUCACAGGUCCUCAUUCUCCAUCAAAUCCCAGGUCCUUGGUGAACCAUGAGAUCUUUUUGACUAUGGUAACUUGUUCUUCCCUUUGAUCUCCAGUCGAUAGGCCAAGGGAUCUCAUACGCAGACCUUGCAGGCUGAGCACAUAAAUAUCACCUGGAAGGCUCCUCCUCCUCUCCACAUUUCCUUUAUAAGAGGCUUUCAACUCGAAUUUCCAUCUUGUGUAGAUGUCUGUAAAAUACCCAAUGGCUGCUAAUAAAGCCAACCACCUUCCGCAGGGUCUUCCUAUUCAGCCCAAGGGCAUCUGGCGCUAUCACACUGGUAGGUGUCUGCAGCAUUCUCUUUGACUGUACGUUGCCUUCUGUUCUUUCCCAGUUCCUUCAAUGUUCUAUGCCCAUCCACUGGCAAACAGCUCUCUGUGCUGUGUUGUAAGCAAUACCACACGUCGGCUCCGGACCCAUGAGCGGGCUUUCAGCUCCUUUGUUUGCCCACUUGUCACCACCCUCAUUGCCAGCAAUACCUUUGUGUCCUGGAACCCAACUAAGGAUAACCUUGUUGUUCUCUCCCAGGGCUUUCAUGGCCUGAUGACAGUCCCGUACUGCCUUAGAGGUAAAGUCAAAACUGUCAAAUGCCAUUUUGCUUUGCUGUCCAAGUUCAUGUAUGUGGUGAGGCUUGUCAGACCACGCUUCAAACACACUCUUGCACACUCGGACAGGGCAACAACUUCUGCCUGGAAUACAGUGGCCAGUUUCCCCAGGCUUACUCAAAACUGUGCCUUGGGUCUGACUCCAUAUAUUCCCACCCCAAUGCCUGUUGGCUUUUUCGAGCCAUCCGUAUACCAAGUGAUCCCCCUUUUCAUGUAUUCAGGUUCACCUUUAUCCCAGGCAGCCCUGUCAACAAUGUUGACAUUUUAUGGCUUUUCUAGAUCUGUGAUCUUCACCAUCCUGUCUGGUAGCAUUUCCAAGGUGUCCAUCUGCACCUUGUCCACAAUUCUUGUAUGUUCACUGGAGGCAUUAUACUUCCAGUUGCCAUUGCAAAACAUUCUGUAGGUUACCAUCCUUGCCUCCCGUUUCACAAUGAUGUGUGAGGUGGCAGGUUUAGCACAACUUCCAGGGCUGCAGUUGGAGUGCCUUUCGUGGCUCCUGUGAUGCUAAGGCAUGCCACUCUAAUCAUCAUCAGAUCCAAUAGACGAAUUACCAUUAUCUAGUCUAUUCAUUCACCUAUUGGAUCUGAUGAUGAUGAUUGGAGUGUCUAAUUGAUAAUCGAUCACCACUUACCAUCUUUUUUACCAUAUUGUUAAACCAGUAUUAAUAAAUGUAAGUGUAAAUAUAUGUUUCCAGUGUUAUUAGAUGUAUUUUUAUUUACUAUCUAUAAGUAAAAUUGUUUAAUUCUGUGAAUUUAUCUAGGAAAUAAU